AUGGACGAUGUCACCAAAACCACGACCUAUCUUUCCCGGAGCUCCAGCAACAUCGUUUCUGAGAGGUCCGAGAGGUCUUUACGCGUGGAAAUCGCGCCUGAGCUCCUCCGUGGUGUGUCAUUGCAUGAGUGUCUCAGCGGGUGGGCAAAACAUUGGGCCAGCUCGAGGGAAGACCGGAAUGGCUAUAAGCUAAGUCGGCAAACAACCCACCUCGACAAUUUUCUCAGCCACGACUGGGCUACGUCUCGAUGGCUCAAGCUCGCGGCACUUCUGGUGAUCUUCAAUUCCAGGGCGGCGGCCGUCUCCACCCUGGUGGCUAGCGUGCUUGCCGGCCUGAUGCGUGCGUGGGGCAUCUUGCCAGACGAGGCGUGGACCGUGGUGAUUGGGUACGGGACGUUUUUCGUCUUCUUCUGCUUCUGGCAGCGGAUUCGCGCAGCCUGGAAGCCUCGGACGGUGUUCCUAGACAAGCUCUGCAUUGCCCAACACGAUGCUGCUCUUAAGGAGCAAGGCAUUAUGGGCUUGGCCGCCUUCCUGGACCGAUCUGAAAAGCUGACGGUUCUCUGGUCACCGCGCUACUUUCAGCGCCUUUGGUGUAUGUUCGAGAUCAGCACCUUCCUCCGGAAGACGGCCAGAACUCAGAUCGAGAUGAUGCCAGUCAAGCUGGCGCUUCUCUUGUGCGUCAACACUGCCAAGUGGUUCAUCAUGGCGAUUGGCUACCACAUCAUCACAGACGCCUCCGAUCAUGAGAAGAGUUCUUGGACUAGAACCCUGGUCGUCGCAGGCCCGUGCGUCCUCCUCGCAGGAUCCAUGCUACCCUGGACAUACUAUGUCGGGAUCGGCAUGAUGGAAGACCUGUCCUUGAUGCCGGCGCAGCUUGCAAGCUUCCGCAUCCAGGAUACCCGGAGCGCCUGCUGCUCUCAAGAGCAUCUCCAUCCUGAGUCAGGCGGGACCAUCCCUUGUGAUCGGGAGCUCGUGUUUGCAACGCUGCACAGCUGGCUCGGGCGGUCUGGCGACUCGGGUGACAGGUAUCUGGACGACUUCAAUGGCCUCGUCAGGGAGCGCCUCGCACCUUCGGUGCUGAAGACGGUUGGUGGAGACAACCUUCCCGUGGGCUACACGUUGUAUAUGGCUGCUAGCUGCCACGUGCCCUUCAUCUCCAGCUACAUCGCAGAAUUGGCCAAGGGGCCACCUAACAACUAUUCUGGGGGUGAUGCUGUCGUUUGGGCCGUACGCAUCUUUGUCGACUGGGCCUUCGUCGCCAUGCUUGCAGUGACGACAACCCGGUUGAACUUCUUCCUCUGUGAGUAUGGCUAUCGGAUGGGCUGUCGGUCAAGACUAUGUCUCGCCUUCGCGCUCUCACAGUCGGUGGUUCUCCUCGUCACCGGUUUCUGGGUUGGUAAGAUGAUCCUGUCGAACCGAGUCGAGCGCAGCAGCCUUCUUCCCGUGCUGCCUUUCUUGAUCCUCCUUGGCCUGACGAUCGCCGUGUUCCGAAAGGGGUCCAAGAAUGCCACCAAAGGGAAGCGGUCGGACGGAGACGGCCGCGAGGCCCAGCCUGUGGAGGACGCACGUCCCGGCAUAGAGGCCGAGGACACGGAAUCCACCUUUGGAAUCUGA